CACACAAGCUUAGGUAGACACUAGUAAGGUUCCUCGUUCUUAUGCACAAGGAAGUUCUGCGAGUUACCCCGGCUAACCCCUCGUUCCCCAAGCUCUUCUCCCCACGGGGGUUCGCCCCGUGACAGCUUAUGGCCUAGACUAGUCGACGUCGACCAGGACUAUAAAAGCAACACUCCUGGUUACCCCAUCUACUUCUAUCAUUCCUCCCUGUUCGGGCAAGUAACUAAUAUGAAGGCUUCAAUCAUGGAUCGCGACCAAGAAAAGGCGGACUUUGAAGUGAACCAAUUCGAAGGGGAAAAGGCCCAAUCACCAAAUAUUAUCGAUGAUGGCAUAGAUGAAAAGGAAGGGAAGAAGAUCAUAUGGCAACUCGAUCGCCGGCUAGUCACCUUGGUCGGUGUCUUGUAUUGCAUCAGUCUUAUGGAUCGGACCAAUUUGUCUGCUGCUGCUAUCGCUGGAAUGAACGAAGAGUUGCAUCUUGUUGGCGAGCGCUAUUCGGUUGUGACCCUGGUCUUCUUCAUUACCUACAUUAUAUUCCAGCCCCCGUCGACUGUUCUUAUCCGUAAUAUUGGCCCACGCAUCUACCUGCCGUCCAUUACUUUGGCAUGGGGUGCCGUCAUGAUUGGGUUCGGAUUCAGUCCUACGUACGAAGUUCUCCUGGGUCUCCGACUGGUACUUGGUGCUUUCGAGGCUGGCUAUUUCCCCGGGUGUACAUAUUUGCUGUCUACGUGGUAUACUCGAUUUGAGAUGGGAAGACGAUAUUCAGUCUUUUACCUUGUUGGUUCUGUUGCUUCAGCUUUCUCAGGAAUUCUCGCAUUUGGUUUGAUGCAACUGGACGGCAAAGCGGGCCUUGGUGGUUGGCGAUGGAUCUUUAUUAUCGAAGGUGUCAUAACAUGUCUUCUCGCCUUUCUUGGUUUCUGGCUCUUAGUUGACUUCCCCGACUCCAAGCGAAAGUCUUGGCGGUUCUUGAAUGAAAGACAACGCGCGUGGGUCGUCAUGCGAGUCAAUGCGGACCGCGGCGAUGUAGCAGUCCCCAAGUUUAGGCUCAGUCUGUUCUUAAGGAGUGGUCUAGAUCUAAGAGUCUGGGGAUACGGCUUGAUCGCCUUCUGUACAAAUACUCUUACCUAUUCGUUGGCCUACUUCUUGCCCCUUAUCCUCUAUACAAAUUUGGGAUUUUCACGCGGUCAGGCUGCGUGCCUCAUCGCCCCGCCGUAUGCGUUCUCCGGCUUUUACAUGUACUUCAUGGGCUGGUUCGGAGACCGUUACCAUCUGCGUGGCCCCGUCGUGGUCAUUAACUUCGUUGUCGCACUCAUCGGGCUCCCUAUUCUCGGAUGGCACCCCACGAGCGGCGUUCGAUAUUUUGGAUCGUUCCUCGUGACGGCCGGAUCGUCUGCCAAUGUUCCAGGGUCGCUCGCGUAUCAAGCCAACAAUAUUCGGGGACAAUGGAAGCGAGCUUUUUGUAGUGCGUUAUGGGUCGUAGGCGCCAGUAUUGGCGGCAUUGCUAGUAGUUUGGUCUUUAGGUCACAAGAUGCUGCUACUGGGUAUAGACCUGGAUUGUAUGCGUGCAUAGCAUGUUGCCUGCUAGCAAUCAUUGUCGUCGGCCUGUUAGACUUCUCCUUUUACAUCGAUAACAAGAAAGCCGACCGAGGAGAAAAGCAACUUGAAGUAACUGAUGAGGGACCCCAACCUAACUUCCGCUACACCUAUUAGAGUAGCGUCCUAUUUUGUCUCACCCAAGAAGUGUCAAAGUGUGGUAACUUAUAUAGUCUAGGAGGAAAUUUCUUGAAAUAGUACGCUACCUUAGGAAAUUGUGUAAAUAUUAUUCAAAUGUUUAGGCCUACGCGAGUUAUUCUAUUGCUAAGGCAUGCCAUAUGGCUUUUUAGUACAACUGUAGUUACGGAUGGGCAGCCUUAAACUAAGAUUCCCACGAUCCAAGAGCGACAAUAUUUUAAGACUUUCUUAAUAUUAUAGCGUUCCAAGUUGAAGUAGGAACAUUAAAAAAUUAAAUUUGAGGGACUUUUAGCAAGAGAAUGGAAUACUUACAGUGAUCUACCAUUCUUAUCCGCACACUUCACUAUAACCUCACCAAAACGGACCAAGUUGACUCUACGAUUAAACUACCUAGAAAAAGAAAGCAAAAUCUGAACUUG